UAAUUGUUGCAUUUGUAACAUAUUGUGAAAUGAUAAAAUGAUAUCACGACAUGAUAAAAAAACGAUGAAAUAUAUUGGAUGUUUAUUUUUAAUACAUGUGUUUAGCAUUUAUAAUAAUGUAAUAAAAAUUGUAUAGAUCAUGAUUACAAAAUAUAUUUAUUGUAAUGCAAUGUCAGUAGAAUUGUGUUCGCGCUUGUAUAAAUCGAGUCUUGCAUUUGUUCCAAAAUGCAAACCAACGAGAACAGAAGAUGUGAUGAGAUUGAAGGAGUUUAUCGAUAAACAUUGUCGUUUGUGUGUAUUAACUGGAGCAGGAAUAUCCACGGAAAGUGGCAUCCCCGAUUACAGAUCGGAAGAAGUGGGUCUUUAUGCACGUAGCAAUCAUAAACCGGUUCUUUAUAAGGAAUUUUGUAGUAGCGAAGCAAUAAGAAGACGAUACUGGGCUAGAAACUAUGUUGGAUGGCUAAGAUUUUCCUCUCUUAAACCAAACAUUACACACAAGAUACUAAAAGACUUGGAAUAUGUUGGAAAAGUAGAAUGUAUCGUUACACAGAAUGUGGACAAUUUACAUUCAAAAGCAGGAAGCAAAAAAGUAAUAGAAUUGCAUGGAACAGCAUUCAGAGUUAUGUGUCUUAACUGCGAUCAUAAAAUAUAUAGAUACGAACUUCAAGAGAUCCUCCAGAAACUCAAUCCAUCUAUGGUUGCAACUACUCAAAUGAUAAGACCAGAUGGAGAUGUAGAAUUAUCACAGACCCAAGUUGAAAAUUUUAAUGUUCCUGCCUGCAGUAACUGUGGGGGUAUUUUAAAACCGGAUAUUGUAUUUUUUGGAGACAAUGUACCAAGCAAUACAGUACAAAGUGUGAAAAAUAAUGUUGAGAAGUCAGAUGCUUUGCUAAUUCUGGGAACGACUCUUACCACGUUUUCUGCAUAUAGAAUUAUGCUGCAAGCAGUAGAUGCCAAGAAGCCCAUUGCAAUAGUAAAUAUUGGCAAAACUAGAGCUGAUGAAUUUGUGAACUUAAGAGUGGAGGGAAGAUGCGGAGACAUACUCUCAAAAGUCUGGCAACUGAAUGUGACAAAUAAUUCUGUAAGUUAAUGACAAAUGUGAAUAGCUUUUAAAUUUCAGAUAAUGUACAUAAAUUAAAUUUUUAAUUGUUAAAUAUUAGAAAAUAAUAUAUAAUGUACAGUCUUCUUUUAAAAUCAAUGAAUAAUACUCGAUUCAAGAAGGUACAUUGAGUAAAUAAACACUUGUUUGGAAAAUCAUA